AUGAUCCAGACGGACCGUUUGUACUCUGCCGACGAUCUGUACACGAUUCGGCAAAGGGAGGACGAACCCCUACGGGAAUACGCAGCGCGCUUCAGUCACGAGUACUCGAGGUGUCCCGAAACGGACGAUAGGGCAGCCUACGGCGCCUUCAAGAGUGGCCUACGGUCCUCUCACUUCCGGUACCUCGUGCACAGUAGCAACUGGCGCACGUAUGACGAAUUAAUGAAGCAGGCGGCAGUCCAUGCGAAGGCCGAAUACUUCAACUCCAAACCCGGGCCUUCGGCUCGGAAGGAGGAAUCGGCCGCCAAAAGUUAUCCAGGCCGAACCGACGACCCGUCGGCAGGACACAAACGGAAGGACGACCGGGAUAGCCGUCAGGGAAACUCAAAGAAGGGACGUGGGAAGUACGGUCGUAACGACCACCGGGCACCCCUACCGAAUCACGAUCGUGCUCAGGAAGUCUUCACCCUGCUGAACACGACGUACGAAACCGUUCUAAUGAACGAACAUGACCAGAUCCCGAAGCCGACCAACCGGAAGCCCAAUCGGCAGGAUAAUCGGGACACUGGCAAAUUCUGCCGAUAUCACCAGCAGAACAGCCACAAUACCGAAGACUGCAUCAGUCUGAGGAAAAUUGUCGAGCGCCUGAUUCGGGAAGGAAAGUUGGAUCAGUACCUCGCCAGGCCAACUCAGGCCCCCGCACCGAACGCGAAUCGGCAUAUCAACAUGAUCAGCACGAUCAGUGGUGGCCCCACUCUGGCGGGACCCUCUAACCGUUCAAUGAAGCAGUAUGUGCGUGCCGCCCACUGCCCUCAGGUCUUCGGCAUAGAGGACGAUCGGUGCCGAAAGCUGCCGAAGGUGGGAUGGGAGCCCAUCACAUUUUGUGAAGAAGAGGAGGAGGGGAUCAUCUACCCCCACGACGACCCAAUGAUCAUUCGGGCCGAGAUCGUCGAUUACGACGGGGUCGGUCACACGGAAGCUCGGUGA